AUGAUUGAGAAACAAAUUAAUUGCCUUAGGGCACUAUUUUUCUCUUUUUUGUUUUAUCGCGUAGUCUUUAUCCGUGAAAUUGCAGGAACCAUCCAAGUGAAGUACGUCCCUAAAAAACAUGGAGCCCAUGAAUUGUCAAUUGUCACAGACGGAGCUCACAUUCAGGGAAGCCCAUUACGUUUUUACGUGGACGGUUAUCAUGACGGAUAUGCUACCGUAUAUGGACCAGGCCUACAAACAACAACUGUAGGAGAACCGUCUGCAUUCACAGUGUGCGCAAAAGGAUCAGCUGCUAAAGAACUAUCUGUCAGCAUUGAAGGACCAGCUCAAAGCACCAUUAAGAUCCACGAUAACAAGGUGGGUUAG